UAGGGUAUGCAGGUUGAAUCGGAGGAUUUGGGCGAUGCGGAGCUGCAGAAUCCUUUAUUUCUAAGAAGCUGUCUCCUCAGUCUGCUUCACGUUGGGGUGUCUGGUGAAAGUCAGCCACUCCGAUCACAAGCGCUAGAGUCUUUUUAUUGAGUCUAUUGAGAGUUUCCAUAAUUUUCUAGACGUCGGGAGAGGUCUAACGUUACUCUAUCAAACACAGCGAGGAUGUUGAGGUUGAGGAGCAGAAGGAACUGACGUGGACUAAGCCAAGCCCAGGACGGCCGCCAGACCUGCCACCGCCGGGGGAAGCCGGUUCCGCCAGCCUGCUGGGUCAGACCAGCAUGUCCACAACUUUGUUCACUUUUGAUUUAAUUAACCUUUUUGUUUUAAGAGUCUGUCACGGCGGCUCUCUCUGAAGCGCCCGUGGCCCGUUCUGCUGGGGUUCCCCACGCCACCAAGAUCUGCCCCAGACUAUGAGCGCUGGUGGCCAUGACCUUCAAUACUUCAGUUUACCACGGCCUCUUCCUCAGUAACCACUCUCUAGGAGAGUCCUCCCAUGAGUCCUCCGAGGUACUCAACAUUUCCCGUGGAUGGGAACAGAGUAACGGCAGCUCUACUCUGGGCCAGGGAGGGGACUCGAACCACUCCCGGGUCAACCAGACGCCAACAUAUGGGGCUGCAGAGUACGGCACCCUAGGGGGGCACACUGUCCUGCAGGUGAUCGUCAUCGUCUUCCUCACAGGCUGCCUGUCGCUGGUCACCGUUAUCGGGAACAUCCUGGUUUUGGUUUCCUUUAAGAUCAACAAGGCCUUGAAGACGGUGAACAACUACUACCUGCUGAGUUUGGCGUUCGCCGACCUGACCAUCGGCACGCUGUCCAUGAACCUGUACACCACCUACAUAAUCAUGGACCAGUGGGCCCUGGGGCCGGUGGUCUGUGACCUGUGGCUGGCCAUCGACUAUGUGGCCAGUAACGCCUCGGUCAUGAACCUGCUGGUCAUCAGCUUUGACAGGUUCUUUUCAGUGACCAGGCCACUGACCUAUCGGGCCAAGAGGACCACCAAGCGCGCCAUGAUCAUGAUCGGGUUAGCCUGGUCCAUCUCCUUCAUCCUCUGGGCUCCAGCCAUCUUGUUCUGGCAGUACCUCGUCGGGGAGCGUACCGUCCUGCCCAACCAGUGCUACAUCCAGUUCCUCAAAGAGCCGAUCAUCACGUUCUGCACGGCCAUCGCAGCCUUCUACCUGCCCGUGACCAUCAUGUCCGUCCUCUUCUGGAAGAUAUACCAGGAAACUGAGAACCGAGCGAAGAAUCUUGCAGUCCUCGGUGGGUCUGGUUCAGGCAUGAGCCAGCCCCAAGCAGACGACAGCGCCCGUGGCUCUGGUCAGAUGAGCGGGCGCAGUGGGCAGCAUGAGUCCUCAGACUCUCUCAAUCAGAUAAACAACAUUCAGCACUGCAGCGGCAAUGAGCUGAGCCAGCAGGCUGCUGCCGGGAAACGCAAGUAUGCCGGAAAGAUCCACAGGAGCAGAUUAAACUUUUGGUUCUCAUUAAUGCUGUCUUCUUGUCAGUCCUCAAAGAGGUCUAGUACCACAACGACUGUUGGUGAGACCGAGGGCAGCAGCAGUGAGGGCUGUAACAACGAAGACAACAAGACAGACUCGGAGGAGGAGGAAGCAAAGGGAAACACUGAAGCUGUUUACUCCGUGGCUGCAGAUGUUUUUUUGCAAGGCUCAGGAGAUGAUGGGGGCCAAGGACGGACAGAAGAGGGACCAUCAGGACCAUCCAAAGACGGAGAUAACUAUGGACAGCCAAGGGAAGUGAAAGAAAAAGCGAAUGCUGAAUAUCCACCAGGUAUCGGUAUGAAAGAAGCCACGAAUGCAAAGCAACUGGUCUCCAAGCCAAAGACGCAGAUCGUCAAGCGCAAGAGUGAUAAGAAGGUGAACGAGAAGAAAGCGGCUCAGACGCUGAGUGCCAUCCUGUUUGCCUUCAUCAUCACCUGGACUCCGUACAACAUCAUGGUGCUGGUCAACACCUUCUGCCAGGACUGCAUCCCUGAGACGCUGUGGGCCCUGGGCUACUGGCUGUGCUACGUCAACAGCACCGUCAACCCCAUGUGUUACGCCCUGUGUAACAAGGAGUUCCGCAACACCUUCCGCGACAUCCUGAUGUGCCAGUGGAGUAAAAGUCAGAAGAACAAGCUUCAGUUUCAGCAGAGACAAGCGGUCGGAUUCCGUAAGAACGAUCCAAUUUAACGGUUCUGUGGUUUGUUAUUCAGUUAAAAUGAGGAGGCGCGCUAUGGCUUGUACCAUUCAGCCAAUGGUAACUUUGAUCAAACUUUGAGAUGUAUCGGUGCAGACUUAAAGGUGCUGUAGGUAAGGCUUCUAUUUCAGUGUAAUAUGACAUUUUAGAAAUGGCCUAGCCAUUUUAGAAAUGGCCUAGCCAUUUUAGUGAUCUUUGAGAGUUUCUGUUUUGAGCCUCAGCUAACUAUCUGUAUGAGCCUCAGCUAAUUUCUGACCAAUUAGGGUAUCUCUUACCUGAUUGGUUUGGGGAAGGCAUCUGGCCUGUCAAUCACAGGUGUGAAAGAUAACACUUCUCAAUGGCGUAGUAACGUAGGAAGGGAGGAGAAGAAAGGGUGGGGACAUUUUGGUUCCUUGGUUUCUUGUUUUUAAAUCUUGCUCUCUCUUGAGAACUCUCAAAUCGUACCCACAGCACCUUUGAUUUAGCAUGCUGGCUUCAAUUUGAAGACAAGAAAGUUCUGCUCUUUGGCCUUUCUUGAGAAAACCACAUCGCAAGUGGUUGAUAGGGGGAAAGAGCCCAUGCCUCAGUACAGAUAACACCAUUUACACAUAUGCUCCAUUUACACAGGGUAUGUGUGUAAAUGUAUAAUCUGUGUGUAGUUAUGUGAUUUAUAGCAUAAUAACACAGUAUUAAUUCCAAUGCUACACUCCACCUAGGGACUUUGGCUAAACUCCUCCAAACAAAGGAAGCAGGCUGGUGGUGUUGAAGGUUCAAUGUAGAAAAGUCGCACAAAUGAUACAUGAAGAUAUGGUGCGUUCCAGAGCCCAUCCAAACAGUGGGACGUGGGACUUAUCCUACCUCCAACUAAGAAAAGUGACCUGGAAUGCCUGUCGAAGUGGAACAUCCCACCGUCGAAGUGGAACCUCCUACUACUCCUACUUCACCAAGUAGGAUCUAGUACAGUUCAGGUAGGAUAAGUCCCACAUCCCAUUGCUUUGGAUGGGCUCUGGAACGCACCAAUAGUGCUCCAUGUUGAUGUAGGAUAUCUCCCAGAGUGUCUGUGGAGAUGGCUGGUUUAACCUGUGCACACUGAUUACUCAAUGUGCAACAGCUGUGCAGCCUCAGUCAGCCCCAAGUCCAAUCAGGCUCGUCCAGGUGAGGCUGCUUCAAUCAGCCAUCAUCCACACACACUCCACUAAAAUAUGUUCCACAUAUAUAACAAGGAUUAUACGUAACAUAUGUUACCCAGGUAACGUGUAUUACCCAUAUAAAAUAUUACACAGAUAACUCAUACUGCAUAUAAAACACUUAUAACACAUCACACAUGUUACAUAAAUACCCCAUAUAACCCAUAUUUAUGGAAGUAAAUCUGUGCCAUCGGAUUUUGAAAAUAAAAAGCCAUUGAAUUCUAAGCACUGAAUAUUUAUGCACUGAAUAUUUAUGCAUUGAAAUAACGCAUCUGGAUUUUUUGCCUCUGAAUAUAACUCUUCAAAAAAUACAAAAUCAAAUAUUCAACGCUAUUCAACUUAAAUAUUUUUAACGUCCCCAAAUUCAACAUGCCAAAGUCACCUGCAAAAUUCAAUGUGCGAAAUUCAGUGUUAACAUCCGGGGACCAAAGGAAGAGCAAUCCAUCCUAGAUGCUAUCGCGGUCAGGCAAGGAGAAUGGGAAUAAGAGCGUCACUCGCUGGUCUCUUUCUUUCUUGAUAUAAACGUUAAUUCUAAACAGCAUUUUACACAGCAGCCUAUAAUAGGAAAUGCUUAAGGGUAAAUCAACGUCAUUAAACACUGACUGUAGCCUUUUUUGGGAGAGAAGCAACCGUGGUGGACCUUACUAAACGCCCUAUUAUUGUAUCGGUCUGUAAAAUACCUUUAUAAUUAAAAUAAAAAUGUAUUUAUUAAGCACAUUUAAUAUCAAGGUGUGUGUGUGUGUGUGGGGGUCUUAUCUUUUAUUUAUGUUUUUGUUAUAAUGUACACCGUUUUUGUUUUUUCACUGCAGUAUGAAAUAAACGAUGAACUAAUGCCUGUAAGUGAAGUGUGUGUGUGAUUGCAGUGACUUGGCUGGAUUUACAUGCAGCGUAAGGGUAAUUGUAGUGGGUUAAGGAGCCCAAUUUAUUAGGGCAUCCGCACCAACCUCGGGCAAUCCGAGGUUCCUUUGCCUACGUUUGGUGUGAUGCUUGGUAGUGGUGGAUUUAAUGAUUCGUUUCUGUGACCCAGUUAGCGUGAUUCAGUUCGCCAAGAGGAGUCGUUCGUGAAUCGUUCGUUCGUUCGUUCGUUCAGUCGAGUUUCCGGUAGCACUAACUCCACUGAUUCUGACUGACUCAGCUGAGAACCGUGCAAUUGCGUGCAUUCCAUGAUGCGAUUUACCGCUACCGGAAACCAGGCUGAACGAACAAACGAUUCGCGAACGACUCCUCCCAGCUCAGUCGAGUUUCUGGUGAAUCGAUUCACCGUGAACUCGACUGAACUGGGAGGAGUCGUUCACGAAUCAUUAAAUCCACCACUACUAGCCAAUGACUGUUAAGCCCGCGGAGUCUCACCCUUUAUGCGCAUGCUCGCCUCUUCUUCUUAUUUAUUUUUAUUCUGGAUUUCUGUAGCAGAAGCAGCGACCCUUAUGGGCCUGAAAUGUGUACUACAGCGUUUCUACAGAUCUACCCGGUUUCGCUUGACUCCGUCUUUAAGGAGAUACUCCGAAACCGGAUAGAUCGAAACCAUAACGGUUUCGCCCAUUUCGGCUUCGUGUGGACGGGGCCUAAGUUGGCCGCCUGUGAUGACGUUCUAGACGCCGCCGUAAGACAUUAGUGUUCUGUGUGUAACACCCGCUCGCUAUCCUUGCUUGACUGCGAUCUAGCAUCUAGGAUCAAUUGCUCUUCCUUGGGUCCCCCAAUGUUAACGCUGGAUUAAAUAAAAACGAUAUGUUGAAUUUGGGGACGCUGAAAAUAUUUAAGUUUAAUUUUUUAACGUUGAAUAUUUGAUUUCGAAUUUUUUAACAUUAAAAAAUAAAGCUGAAAAUUACUUAAAUUGAAUUCAGAGGCAAAUAAUCCAGAGUUUACUUCAAUGCAUAAAUAUUCAGUGCUUAGAAUUCAAUGGCUUUUUAUUUUCAAAAUCCGAUGGCACAGAUUUACUUCCAUAUAUAUUCCCCAUAACAGAGACAUAAAGACACAGGAGAACACACGCAUGAAACUAGACAAGAGGUGGAUAUUGUAAAUAGAUGUAUUGGGAUUUUUAUUAGCAGACGUGAGAAAAGUACAAAUGUAUUCUGCAUGCGGAAAAUGCUAGAAAGUCUUAUCUUAACCUCAGAGAAAUGUUAUAGAUUUCCUAAUUUGUAUUUAGAUACAUAUUUAAAUUGCAUACAGCACGAUCAGAAAAGUGAUUUUUGUUAGCAUGUCUAAAAUGACUCUUUGAGAUACACCUGUAUAUGGGAAGAAUUAAUGUUUGUUUGUUGUUUCUACCAAUCAUAAAAUAAAUAACCCGUUAAUAAUUAUAAUUACUCUUAGUAAUGCUUAGAAGGAAAUAUUGUCAAAUGUUAAACCCAGGCUUUCCCGAUAAAUCUCAACAUGCCCUUCAUUUUGAAUUAAAGGGAAGACUUGUUUGCCAUCAAGACAUCACUUGUGACUAGUUUGGGACAUCUGAUUCAGGUCAUGUUCCGAGUUGCUUUUUUCCAAACUGUCGGAGUCUAAUGGAUAAAUUGUGUUGUUGUCAAUAAAUGUUGUGGUUACUUUUCAAUAGAAGUAUCUCCUGUUGAAACUGGUUCCCAAAUUUUAACCAGGUGUGUUAGUGCUGAAGAGAACAUUGGAGAUGAGGAUUUGAUAUGUCCCUGAAACCAUAUCCACUUAUUGUUAAAGCACUAUAGUGCUGACAGUGUUUUUUUGGCCCAUUAUUUUCUGAAUGCCUGUGUGUCCACGUCACGUGACCGUCAAGUUUCUGUCUGCAAAAACAAACAAGAUGGCUGACAUUUAUUUUAUUCUCAAUGGAAAUGCAAUAUUUUGAUAUAGAUUUGGCAUUAAAAUGUGUUUUUACAACAUUUCUUGUAAGAAAUGUGCAUUUCAUUGUCAUAAUCUUCAUUCACUGAUUUUAUAUGACAUCAAGUUGUUAUUACUCCUUAUUACACAGCUCUUCUUAAUGUCGUGGAACGCUCCGUUCCCUUGCAUGGGCCCUUCACAACUUCCGGGAGUGAAUUAUUUUUUGAUAAUUCACCGUUGCUCAGCAUAUAAUGACAGAUUUUUUGCCAUCUUUCAUACCACUCCGCAAGUAGUCAGGUAAUUUAUCAACCCCAGCGUACUCGGUUGUAGCGACGUCAACUUCUUUAGCGGACUAUUUCUCUCCUGAUCAACACUACGAAUGCUGGUAGCAAAUAAAUUGUAAAAAGACACACCAUGUGAAGUUAUUAUUUCGUUUUGACAAGUAGGCGUAUAAUAAGCGGGAUAAUGUGUAGAACGUCGCAGGUCAUUAUCGAAUAAUAAGCCCCUUCAGGGCGAAGCAAGACACCUCUGCUUCGUGUCGGUGUCCUGUUCGCCCUGUCGGGGCUUAUUUUCCCAAUAAUGACUAAUGUUCUAUACAUUAUCCCUUACGUAUUACACAAAUCUUCUCAAUGCAGUGGAACGCUCCGUUCACUUGCAUGGGCCCUUCACAACU